CAGAGCGACAUCAGAGAGACAGAGACACAGCAAGACCAGGCACUGAAGAAAUGGAAGAAGCUUUUUUCCAGCUUGGCCAAGAAUUGGCCAGGCUUCAGCAUUUAUGUGCAAAGCAGAGUGAGCUGCUACAGAAGCUGAUUCCAGGGACGGACCCACUCAUUGAUCUGCCCACUUCGAUGCCAAUCCAAUGCACCGAAGAUACGGUCGGAGAGGAAGUGGAAAGACCCAACUUCAGACAGCCAGGAGCAAAGCCCUCCUCUGCCAUUGUGGCCUGCCCAACAGCUCCUAGACUGCAUGACUCUGCUAUUCUCCAGAACCAGCCCCAAGACGCAGACAUGCUGUCUGCUUUGGCUGUGAAGUACCCACUGAGUGCAGAAAACGACAGUUUAUUAAGCAGUGGGAAUAAGAAGCUGGAUUUUGCAAGAGCCCUUCGCAGCCAGUCCUGUGACAUGCCAGAUAUGGGCAAGAAGGCAAAUUUUGAUGCACAGUUGAACGAUGAUAUGGCAUUUCCUGCCUUUAACGUUAGCAAGAGAGACUCCCUAGCUAGUUCUGCCCCUCAAGAGUUUGCUGUUCAAAAUCCAGCGUGUGUAGACUCUCUUUUCCACUCUUUGGAUCUUUAUGAAGAUCCCCAGGAGCUACCGACAGAAUAUGCUCCCAGGCAGAGCGCUCUGCCUACAGAGAUUAACGUUCCUGUAGAAAUACGAGGACCUGUAAAGACUUCCUGGACUCCGGGGUGGAUGCUGGAAGAUGAGAGCGGGCCUCCGAAUCCUGAGGCUACUCAGGACAUGCAGACCUAUGACUUUUGCCAAGCCCUUUUCCCAGCAGGAACAGCCCAGGCAGACUAG